UGUUAUUACGCCAACCUCGUGGAAAUGACAAACUGACACGUUUUCAUUUUCGUCAAAAACAACUAUAUAUCGAAGGAGUAACUUUGAUUUGACGGCUUGCACAUGCGCCGUUCUGCGCGAGACGACCGUUAGAUCCGAUUACGUAUUUCUACACAUGAGUUUAGCCAAAUAUUUUUUAUAACUAAUCCAAUCUGGUUUAACUAGCCAACGUAGCCAUGACAUAGUUAACAAGUGUGAUCAAGGAUUUCUAUCUUCAUAGUUUACUGUCUUUCUUAUCGCUUUAGUGCCGCGCGCAUGCUCAGAUGGUGGCCUUGGCGAUGUCGAGAAGAGUUAGCAUUAGCCAUAAUAGAAAUAACAAAACACACCACAGCAAAGAGGAUGACCACGUCAGAUCUCUACCCUCCAUGGCCGCACAAACUGAAAAUGGGUUUUUACAUCUGAAACAGUACCUCAAAGAGAUGUCCUCCAUGAAACAAGCUUUGAACACAGGCCGUCCUUUGGUAAUUUGCUUGAGGGACCAGGAUAGACUUCCACCCAUACCAAAGAAAACCUCACCCAGAUCUACUAAAUGACAAGAUUGCUGCAGAUAUAGCAUGCACCAUGUCAAUAAACCAGCAUGCUCUUGGUCCAGCAGAAGAGGAAAUAUUAAGAAGGAUCAAAUUCAGGAGGGACGAGCACAUAAUAGAGAAGCUUCAGUGGAUCUACAAGAUACUUUGUGGCUUAACCAACAUGAGGAAUAGAGACCUGAAAACACUGUUGCCUCUUACAAGUGGGUAUGUGAACAUCAUCAUGAAAGACACAGAUAAAACCAAUGUUCUUUUGAAGAGCUCUCAGAGGUGUCUGAUUCCAUUUGCACCUGAGGACAUGAACAUCAACCCAGACUUGUGGGAGUCAUUCAUCAAUCACCAAGACCAAGAGCCAAAAUCACCCUCCGCUAAGUUUGCUGGUUGUAAGCCUGUCCAGUUUGGACUCAGAAGGAAGGCAGGUCUAAAGGAGAUAGAGAAUGAAACUGGGGACCUACCUCCUUGGCUGAACCUGCUCUUGGAUGAGAAAACCACAUAUGAGAAGGAUCCUCAGAAACCAAAGAACAGACAUGAUAUGCUGGAACGUGUCAGAACAAAGUUCAUCGAAAUCCAGAGAUCUAUGAACAAUCAGAUGGAGACAGACAUGUUUGAGAAGAAAAUACACCGAGAGGAGAGAAUGAGGACUCUCCUGGAUGCGUUGAUGGCCUCAAGGAAAGAGACAUGCCUACAUAUGCUGCUUUCCUCCCUAAAACAUGAGCUCAGGGAACCAAAAUCUGCGCUUUUAUUUUGGUACAAAAUCCUGAAGAGCGAUGUCUCAGAACUGUCCGAUGACAGGGACUUUGAGUACAGGACCAUCCUGCAGAAGAUCGGCCAAUUCCACAACUUCUCUCACAAGAAGUUGCCCUACUCAAAGGAGAAAUUUUGCCUCCUCGUUCUCUCUCUGCCAACGAAUCAGCUUCUCCGACCAGCCAUGCAAGAUGCUCUGAUGUUUCUCACUGAGAACGUCUUCCAGCUCCUACCCCGACAGCUCAAGCACUGGUAUCAGUAUCUCAAACUGCCCUUUUAUGACGCAUCCUGACUCUUAAACUCAAGUCAUCCUCAGAGGGCUGCCAGCCAAUGGUUGUUAUUUUAGUUUAAAUUAUAUUAAAUGUAAUUUGUUUCAGAAAUAUGGA